UCAACCAUCUAAACUAUAAUUCGUCCUAAAAUACAAACAAAAAUAAGUCAAAGAAAAUUGACGUAUUUAAUCAAAUUUUAUGUCAAAUACAUGAAAUUUUUUACCAAGUUUAGGUCGGAGAAAGUACAUAUUCAAAUAUACAAAGAAAUAUUGGGUACUUUCGGCAAUAAUACCACAUCUGAUUCCACUCUUUACAAUGUUAUAUUAUUAUUUUCUGUGAUGCUAUGUUUAGUGGUGGAUUGAAAUUUUUAACAGAAAAUAGUAAACGAAGCAAAAAGCCAAAAAUGGAAACUUCAGAUUUGGAGUACACAGGCACCGAAGAUCAACACAUCCCAAUCGAUCUUUUCGGUUCCAAAAAACACGCCGGAGUUCCACGUGGCAUCCUAGCGUUUACAGAUGCAUCGGGGAACAUAGUCUUCAAGGUGCACCGUCAACCACCCGAUCCCAAUUCCUCUUCCUCUUUAAAGGAUACAAAACUCUUGCUUGAUUCCAAUGAUAAUCCUCUGUUUUCCAUCCACCGUCAUCAUAAUGGGAUUUGGAAAUGUUACAAGGGAAGUGGCGAUGAGAAUAAGGAGCUUGUGUUACAAGUGAAGAGGACUGUGAAAACAAUUACUAAAGUUGAGUUAGAGGUGUUUUUUGCUGGUGAGAGAUUAAAGGACAACGACACUUGCGACUUAAAAGUAAUUGGUUCCCCUUUCAAGAGAUCGUGCAGCGUCUAUAAAGACGGUGAUUUGGUUGCACAGAGUAGCCUGAUGUACAAGCUUAACCAAAUAUACGUCAGUCGGGGCUAUCUUUCCAGCACAAUACAACAGAGAUAUUCAUGUAUUUUGAAGAAAACCUAAAGCUCACGCCAGAAAGUUUGUCCGACAAAGCUGUAGCCAUGGAUGAGUUGAAAGAGAUGUACCAGCAGGUAUACAAUCCAAAUAACUUUAAUAUACUUUUAAAUCAAAGUCUUGAAUUUAUUGGUUUGCAAUGGUUCUCUCUUUUAGCUGUUAAGGAAAUGUUUUUUUGUAUGGUAUGAAAGGAUUUCAAAAUAGUGGUAGAUAUGUUGCUUUGGGCUUGAAUAGCUUUUGCUUCAUGUUAGGACUGGAUAAAUGAAAUAAAUAGAAACAAAUUUUGUGCA